AACUCAUUUGUAUAUCUUUGUUCAGGAAUAUACCGUGUCAACUACGAUACACAGAACUGGCAAUUGAUUGCUGCAGCUUUAAGUAAGAACGUCUCAGAUAUCCAUCAUUUGAACAGAGCACAAAUUGUAGAUGAUGUGUUUGCAUUAAUGCGUUCCGGAAGAAUGACUUACGACUUGGGUUUCCAAGUACUGGACUUCUUGAAGAAAGACACGAGCUACUACAGCUGGUAUCCAGCUAUAACCGGUUUCACCUGGCUUAGAAAUAGAUUUUUGCACAUGCCUGACGUAUUGGCUGAAUUUGACGAAAUCCUCUUUGGAUACUUGAAUGCUCUUAUUACUGAUUUAGGCUACGAGGUAGUCCCCGAUGAGCCAGUGACGAGGACUUUGAACAGAUUCUUCGCCUUAACCUUUGCUUGUAACAUUGGACACGAAGGUUGCGUCCGUGACGCUGCACAAAAAUUCAAUGCUCUGAGAACCUCUGGUGCCAGAGUAAACCCUAACCUGAGACGCCAUGUCUUCUGCACCGGUCUUCGCAAAGGUGGAUACGAGGAUUGGCGAUUCCUAUACGAGAGAAGACGCAAUUCCAACAACCAGGCUGAUGACCUUGCCAUGCUUAGAGCUCUCGGUUGCACCACUGACAACAGGGCUAGACAAGAGUACUUGGAGAUGAUACUGACGGAUGAGGUGAAGGCCCAAGACACAGUGAAUGCAUUCACUUUCUUCUACAUGGGAGACAGGAGUAAUGCCAGAGUGGCCUUAGAGUUCUUGAAACCAAGAGUAGAACAAGUCAGACAAGCUGUUGUGCUUCCUGCUUGGUUUGACAGCGUAUUGUCAAAUCUCGCAUCUUACUUGGACGAAGAAGGCUUGCAAGAUAUGGAACAAUGGCUGAACGCAAACCGCGACACCAUUCCUAACUACAACGUAGGUUUAAGCGCCAUCAGCUCUACCAGGGCUAACAUGAGAUGGGGAACUCAGAAUGCGAACAUAGUCCUUACAGCCGCCCGAGGUGCUGCUGUCGUGGUGCUGCCAACUACGAUGCUGUUCUUGUCUACAUUGUUUGCUCUGCUAUUGAAAUAAUACUUUAAAGAAAUAUACGAAUAAAGUAAU